CCAACAGCAGAUAAGGAAACGCACGCGCCGCGACGCAACUAUCAAGCCAUUCGUCCCUGUGGAAGUUUCCACACUCCCUUCCCUUCCCUUGUACCCACUCCAAUGGCGCCCUCCCUCCUGGCCGCCGUCUCCGCCUCGCCCUUCCUCCUACCCGGCAGCAGCGGCAUCAGCCGCAGGCCACUGGGCGCUGCCCCAACCCGCCGGGCCGGACUGCGCGUGGCCGCGCUUAAGUACGACCCUGCUAAGGGGCAGGUGGCACCGCAGAACGACCGGGUGCUCGUCCGUCUUCAGCAGAUCCCUGAGAAAUCUGCUGGUGGUGUAUUGCUACCGAAAUCUGCUGUUAAGUUUGAGAGGUAUCUGAUGGGUGAGAUUCUAUCGGUUGGUGCUGAUGUUAGUGAAGUUGAGGCUGGGAAGAAGGUUCUCUUCUCAGACAUCAAUGCUUACGAGGUGGACCUUGAUACGGAUGAGAAGCACUGCUUCUGCCGGGAGUCAGAUUUGUUAGCUGUAGUUGAAUGAAUUUUACCAUGAAAAUUACAGACUUACUUGCCCAUGCUCCAACUGCAUGGACUUAUCUUGCACCUACUUUGUUGUACUUGAACUCGGCUUCUAGAUGAGUGUUAGUUAUCAUUGUAUUUUGGCCGCAAUAAACAGGAAUCGUGUCAAUGCCCCCAUUUCUUUACAGCACGCUCUCAUAAAGCGCUUAGAUUUUGAUAGGAAAGCGUGAACGGAACAUGAAAGCUGAAAUGCUUACAUUGUUCA